AUGAAAUCUUUCGUCGCAGUACUGUGCCUAGUGGCAUGUGUGGCAGCUGAAGAAAAUGCACGCGAGAAGCGCGGCUACCUCGGAGGACUGCACUCCGGCAGCUUAGGAAGCGGCUUGUCGCUCAGCGGUGGUUACUCUGGCCACGGAGGCUACUCUGGCUCAAGUGGCUACUCCGGCUUAGGUGGCUACUCCGGCUCAAGCGGCUACUCUGCACCCUCAGCUCAGCUCAUUACCGUCAACAAAGUUGUGAACGUCCCUAAAGUUGUGAGCGUGCCACAAGUAGUCAACGUAAAGAAGGUCGUCUCCGUGCCCCAAGUUAUAUCCGAAAAUAGAUUAGUAUCCUCCGGCGGUGGAUACAACAGCGGAUUUGGAAGCGGACUCGGCGGCGGACACAGCGGCGGAUACAGCAGCGGAUACAGCAGUGGACUUGGAAUCGGACACGGUGGUUACUCUAGCGGCUAUUCCAGCGGCUGCGAGAACACCUUACGAAAUAUCGAGAAAUGGAGAGAUAUAUAUAUCGGCGCGGAAAAUUAUCUCAAUAUCAUUUUACUUCCGUUCACCAGAGAAACCUACCGCUCUUACAGCAUCAUGAAAUCCUUCAUUGCAGUGUUGUGCCUGGUGGCGUGUGUGGCCGGUGCUAGCUUACGUGAGAAGCGCGGCUACAUCGGAGGGCUGCACUCUGGCAGCUUUGGAGGUGGCUUGUCGCUCGGCGGUGGUUACUCCGGCUACUCUAGCUCAAGCGGCUACUCUGCGCCCUCAGCUCAGCUCGUCACCGUCAACAAAGUUGUGAACGUCCCUAAAGUUGUGAGCGUACCCCAAGUAGUCAACGUAAACAAGGUUAUCUCCGUGCCUCAAGUUGUAUCUGAGAACAGAUUAGUGUCUUCCGGCGGCGGAUUUGGAAGCGGACUCGGCGGCGGACACAGCGGCGGAUACAGCGGUGGAUUCGGAAGCGGAUACGGUGGUUACUCUAAAGGCUGGUAA